ACAAACCGACUCGCUUCGCACACGUUCCACCGGACUUCCAAUUCACAAAAGGGAAACGCACAUCACGGCAGGAGAACUCCGACAGAAACCUGCCCUCAAUCUCAGCGGCGCUGUCACACAUUUGCACACAGACAUCCAAACACACUCACAGCCACACACGCACACACACAGAGCCACACGCGCGCACUGAAGAGCAAACAGUCUCUCUCCCUUUCUCUCUCGCUCUCGCUCACCCACUCUCCUCUCCCUCCCAUCCACACACGCACACCACUACAGUAUAUCAGCUAGCGACUGGCAGGGAAACGGAGGGGAGAGCAGAAAUGAAUGUGAAGAUCUUGACGCUGGUGAUUGUGCUGGUGGUUUCUCUGCUGUGUUCAGCCAGUGCUGGUCCAAUGGCCUCCACCGAGCAUAGCAAAGAGCUGGAGGAGGUGGGCAGCAUGAGGACUCCUUUGCGGCAGAAUUCCGCUCGAGCCGGCCGGAGCCAAAGACCUUCUGGCUGGAGGAGGAGACGCCCUCGACCCCGCCUCUCCCAUAAGGGGCCCAUGCCAUUUUAGAGCAAGGCACAGCUUAGAGUGCCCUCCCCCUUGGUUCUGAUUUCUAUGCUCUUCCUUUGCCUUGGGGGGGCCUUGCAACAAGGGGCCUUUGCUAGCCCAGCCUGAAGAGUGAUGUCCAUAGCACCUGCUGGUUCUUCAAGCAACUCUUCUUCUGUCCACAAAAAAACCAGGACAAGCCACUCACCCUCAGCUCUACGAAGAAUUGUGGGCCGGGAACGGGGGUGGGGGGUAUUGAGCCCGAGCUAUCAGAUUCUGUCUCUCUCUGUCUGUCUCUCUCCUCCUGUGGUUUUCCUCAUUUGCUUUCUAGAGCCCUUUCAUGGCCACACUUUGCAUGAUGUGUGAGCAGUGGGGAGCCUGGUCCAAACAGUUAUAGUCCGAAAGCGUCAGUUUCUUCUCCGAGGUGUGCUAGUCCCAUUCUCUCCAAUGUGAAGGUGACCACAGCGCUUUGUCCCAUUGCUACGUGUUGGCAACUCCUGGCUUAUAAAUGGCGUUUAUGAGGGAAAGAAGUGGCAGGGAAACUAAAGUGAAGGCACAACUAAAUGCUCAGGCCCAUUAUGGCCAGCAACUUUACUUUUUAUUUUUUUUUUUUUGUUUUACAUCUCACACAAUUUUACCAAAAAUUGGACAGUUGGCUUAAUAAAGUGCAUUUACAUGGCAAACUGCUCACAAAAUGUAAUUAUCAAUGUUUAAAAACCCAAAAUGUUAACACGUGCACAAUAAGCGCAUUGAAUAAGCGUCCAGAAUGCUGAUUGUAAUGUAAAUGCAAUCAAUGUUUUCGGGUUCAGUUAUAAUUACUGAUUACAUAAUUACCUCUAAAAAUGAUGAAUGAAUAUAUAAUUCAUGGUCACAUCUACUUAAAGCAGCUUGAUUACAUCUCACAGUGCUGUCCAGUGGUCAUUAUACAUCACCCCACCAAUGAGCUUAAGAGUUGUCAGCCAUCCGAAGCUUAAGGAUAAAGCCACAGUGUCUCAUUAUCAAAAUCACACUCCACUUCCAUGAGCGUGAGAUCAUCGGUCCUGAGCCCUCUUCUCCUCCCCCAUGACACACGCUGCUUUACAGCAGAGAUACAUGACUGUUAACUGGCCAGGGUGAUCUGCUUCACACGGCGGACCAUCUCUCCUUUUAAUGAAGUGCCAAAUAGCAAAUCUACUCCACAGUGCUGCCAGGAGAAGAAAAGUAAACAUGUUACCUCUUAUCUUGGGGGAAGCAUAACAUCUAACCACAUGUACACGUUUUGCCAUUUGUUCGAACACCCAAUGUAAAGGCAAUGGUAGCAUGGUUUGAAGACAUUAGACCAAAAAGAAAGAAAGAAAGAAAUUUCCUUGCAGAUCUGAUGAUUUUUUUCCCCUUGACUGAACUCUAUGCCUUUAUUUGACAUCAUACUGGAAAUGAUUUCUCAUUCUUUUGUUGUAUUUUUGUUAUAUUUCAGUUCAUUUCUCAGGGUGCUGUGACAGAAGCCUGUAUGGUCUAUAUUACACGAGUUUAUUUAAGAACACACAUUAUUUGUAUUCACACCAUUUAGCUUCAUGCGUAUGUAUCCACCACUUUUUAGCUAUAUCCAGACUACGUUUAUUGUUUUCUCCCCAUUGGGAGCAGUUGCCUUUUGAGUUUGGGCCUCUUUGGCACAGGUGGCCACAGCCUGGUUAUUAAACCCCAUUGCUAAUCGGUUUUAGAUUGGAAUCACUAAAAUCUCCUUCAGAGCUCACGAGACAAAUUGGCAUAGAAUGACCACACCACCUUAGCGUUCGACCGAUUUAUGAUGUAAUAAUCUAUGAAAACGAGCAACCCUUGGCUUAGUCAAACCUUCGUAUUACGAGGCCGAGAUGAUAGGCUUUUAUGAGACUGUUAGCUACACUCAUAAUUCCGACGCUUAAUUAGACAAUGCACCGAGUUAUUGCAAAUUAGCAUUUGAGUCCCUCCCUCAUUUCCUGUUCGGCAUUUCUCUGUGGUUAUGAAAAGAUCCACAAACAUUGCCUUGCGGCAAAGUCAGCUCUUCAUAAGAGAGUGCCUAAAAACCUACAUCGGUAAAACACCCAGCCAAGCUCACCUCGAUUAAAAAUGUAUCGAAUCUUAGGGCGCCGUGAAUACUAAUAAUUCCAGUCACGCCAUGAUUAUUUCAUACCCUCUCAGACAGAGAUGUGGAUUUCAUUAACGCUUUCGCAGAACGAUAGUGCUCCCGAGAGCUCUGCUUCAUGGAUCAGUAGGUCAGAAGGUUUGAGGGCGGCAUCUGAAGAGUCUGUUCGAGGUGCAGAGUAACGCCUGUAUCCAUACUGUCGUUCAUGAAUGUAUCUUCGCCAUCCUCGCCGGAGCUGAGCUGAGGGCCGUCGAGCAGUGUCUCAGUUCAGCUCAAGCCUUGAAUCUUGAAAAACUAGCCCGUCACUGCUACAUACGACAACCGACCCCGAUCCCCCCCUUCCCACCGAUGGUGAUGGUUAUCUGUUUCAUCAAACAUCCAAAGACAAAUAUGACAAAAUCCAAAGCUUGCUAUAGCAGAGACCCCUAUCAAUCACUUGGCUUUCCUCCAACACCUCUCUGUAUGGACACGCAAGGCUGCACUUUUGCAAUUCCAUUAUGCUGCUGGAAAAGUAAAUCCUGAAAACAAGUCUUUUGGCAUGUAAUGGUUUUCCAGUGUCUUGUGACAAUUAAAUUGACUGAUUCUUGUCUAGCUGGUUGUCCAAAGCCUACUUUUCAAUAGAGUGUGGAAAGCUGUAUUUUAUUUUUGUGUGUAUGGUCGUACAAAAGUGUAGAAAAAGUAGUCUGCUGCACAAUAUGUCGUGGACACAAAAGAGCUUUCUCACCCUCCUCUGCCGUCAAACCGGGUCCGUCGUCUCCGUCAGCACAUCAGGUUAAUGGAGCUUGCGGCGUCAAGAGAACAAGCAUGUCCAGACUCAAAACUGAAAUGGCAAACACUCACACGUUAUACUUACAGAGCACAAAUCAUUUUCUAUAAACGUUUUUCUCUCACAAGAGAAACUCAUUCCUAUUCUACCACGUGUUUCUGCCCAUCAUAAGUCCUAUGCACUUGUACGCACGUUCCACUUAAUCAUUCAGAGGUCUUUAGUUUACAGACCUUUGCAUGGGAGAAAAAGAAGCUGUUUGUAUGUUAAAAACAGAGCUGUAAAGAUUGAAAAGAGGUCUGAAGCGUUUAGAGUAUAAAGCAACGAAUACUAUACUCAAAACUCCCAUUUGCCCUUCAUUAGGGGACACUUCUGCUUUCAUAUUUGACACAGAAAGAGAAAACGCCCAUUUGGCCGCUUGUUUUCCAUUAGCUUGUCACGGUGCAUGUAAAAUGUGGCGACCAGAUCGAGUAACCGAAAUUCAAUCCCAACAGUUCACAAAUGUCCACCAACUGGUUGGGACGCUAAGAAUGCUCUGAUUAUUCUGUUGCUUCGAACACAACUUCACACCCAUUAAGAGCUCUAACCUCCAACCAAAACAUGCAUCCAUACGCACGGCCUGUUUGCUCAGCACACCCCAUCCAUUUCGAUUCUCGAAUCUGUAGUCAGGCCUGGCAUUUCAACAGUAUUAGUGGGCCAUGUGAAAAGCAGCGCAACGGCAAGGUAUUAUUCCUCCUCUUUAUUCCUGUUGGAGGUG